AUGCAUGCCACGGGUUGGAAUGAGAUUUCGACAGGUAGCCGAGAGCGUUCGGGGGCGGACUGCGGGGUGGCGGGCAACGCGCCUCCGCGCGAAGGCUGGAGAAGCGCCGCGGGCGCAGCGGCAAGCACCCCGCUCAGGUUCCUACGCCGGGCUGCAACCGGGGGCCCGACGUCUACCCCCGGAGAGAUGCCCAACGCGUCGUUCUCCCAGCCGAGCCCGGCCAACGCGUCGAGCCCGCAGCCACUGCCGCAGCCACUAGUCGUGGCGGUCCCCGUGGUGUAUGCGGCCAUCUGCGCCGUGGGACUGGCGGGCAACUCCGCGGUGCUGUACGUGCUGCUGCGGAGGCCGCGCAUGAAGAGCGUCACCAACCUCUUCAUCCUCAACCUGGCCAUCGCCGACGAGCUCUUCACGCUCGUGCUCCCCAUCAACAUCGCCGACUUCCUGCUGCGCCAGUGGCCCUUCGGGGAGCUCAUGUGCAAGCUGAUGGUGGCCAUCGACCAGUACAACACCUUCUCCAGCCUCUACUUCCUCACUGUCAUGAGCGCCGACCGCUACCUGGUAGUGCUCGCCACGGCCGAGUCGCGCCAGCUGGCCUGCCGCACUUACGGCGCCGCGCGCGCGGUCAGCCUGGCCGUGUGGGGCUUCGCCACGCUCGUUGUGCUGCCCUUCGUCGUCUUCGCGCGGCUCGACGACGAGCAGGGCCGGCGCCAGUGCGUGCUGGUCUUCCCGCAGCCCGAGGUCGUCUGGUGGCGGGCCAGCCGCCUCUACACGCUGGUGCUGGGCUUCGCCAUCCCGGUGUCCGCCAUCUGCGGCCUCUACACCAGCCUGCUGUGCCGGCUGCGCGCCAUACGCCUGGACAGCCAGGCCAAGGCCCUGGACCGCGCCAAGAAGCGGGUGACGGUGCUGGUGGCGGCUAUCCUGGCCGUCUGCCUGCUCUGCUGGACGCCCUAUCAUCUGAGCACCGUGGUGGCGCUCACCACCGACCUGCCGCAGACGCCGCUCGUCGUGGCCCUCUCCUACUUCAUCACCAGCCUCAGUUACGCCAACAGCUGUCUCAACCCCUUCCUCUACGCCUUCCUGGACGAGAACUUCCGCAGGAGCCUACGCCAGGUGCUGACCUGCCGCGCCUCGGCCUGA